GCAGACGUUGUAAUUAUGCGAAAACCCGAACCAGCUGCAGAUUUGAAAAACAGUGAAAAUGUUGGGAACGGAAAUCAGGAUACCAUAGAAAAGGACGUUGGAUCAAAGAACAUGGAUGGAAACGAGCAGAUUCCUCGAUCAUUCGAUCAGGAUAGCGAUAUGGGCGAACUCACCUAUUCACGAAAGAAAGCGAUCGACCGAUACAAUAAUUCCUUGAGAAAUCUCAUCCCGGUUCGCAAAAAGGGGAAGGAGAUAGGUACGAUGCCCAUAGACAGCGCUGGACUUUUUUCAUUUAUCAGUUUUUCAUGGGUGUCGACAUACAUGUAUAAAGCAUUUCGAACUGGAAUAAAAAUGAAAGAAUUACCAGCUGUAUCACCUUACGAUGACUGCAAUUACAACGCGGACAGAUUAGAACGCCUGUGGAAAGACGAAUUACUUAGAAAAGGACCAGCAGAAGCUUCAUUUGGCAGAGUAGCCUGGAGGUUCUUUCGUACAAGAUUUUUUGCCUCAUGCAUCGUUUACACAACCUGUCUCAUUCUCGGUUUCAUCAACCCUACUGUAUUAGCACGGAAGCUACUUGAGUAUGUGGAAUCCGAAGGUGAACCCUACGCAGAGGGUGUUAAGUGGGCGUUACUACUUACCCUCUCCGAAUUGUUGCGAGCAUUGUUGUUCAGUUGGGCAUGGGCCCUGAAUUACAGAACAGCUUUGCGGUUGAGAUCUGCAUGUUUUAAUUUGCUGUACAGAAAAAUUUCCCGAGUCAAUAAUUUGGGAAAUAAAAGCAUCGGAGAAAUUAUUAACAUGUUUUCCAACGAUGACCAGAGAAUAUUCGAUAUGGUUAUCUAUGGGUCAUUGAUCAUUGCAGGACCAAUAACAACACUGUAUGCAGCAUUUUACAUAUUUUGGCUCCUCGGGCCCAUGGCACUUGUCGGAAUGAUAGCCUUCGUCUUCUUCUAUCCUAUUCAGUUUAUGAUAUCUCGUCUAUACGGAUAUUUCCAAUCUGAAGUAGUAAAGAUUUCUGACAUGAGAAUUAGACUCAUGAAUGAGAUCCUGGAUUACAUUAAAUUAAUAAAAAUGUAUGCGUGGGAGCAAAGUUUUAGUCAAGACCUUCUGGAUAUUAGAAAAAAGGAACGACACGUUCUUCUAAAGACUUCUUACUGCCAAAGCUUAAGUGUUUCUGUGGCACCUACCAUACCGGUUAUUUCUACAGUCACGACCGUACUCGCUCAUAUUUCUACAGGAAAUAAUUUAACAGCGUCGCAGGUAUUCUCCUAUGUAUCUCUUCUAGACUCCCGCUUUGCUUUUUCACUGACCCUUUUCCAAUAUGGCAUUGAAGCUAUGGUCUCAGCUAAAAUUUCGUUCGACAGAAUGAAGAGUGUAUUACUCUUGGAAGACAGUGGUUGCACCAUUACAAAACCAAUUUUUAAAUCUCAAGCUGUUGCGAUUAAUCAUGGAACGUUUGCUUGCAACACAUUUGAUAACCGGACGAAAGAAGAAUCUGAAACUGCUGAGAAAGUAAGGAAGAGUAAAACUUCAAAUUUAGGGGACCAAAGUGAAAAGGAAAAACUCAAUAAGCCUACGAAGAGUACUGAAUAUACUGAACUUCUUUUUGAUGUAACUUUUGAGGCACCGAAGGGCAAAUUAAUUGGAAUCUGUGGACACGUAGGUAGCGGAAAGUCGAGUUUGCUGCUUGCAGCUUUGGGCCAGCUUCGAAUAAACGAAGGUCAGGUGAUGAGAGAUGGUUCCUGCGCCUACGUCAGUCAACAAGCUUGGAUAACCAACGCUUCAUUGAGAGAUAACAUAUUAUUUGGUCUCCAGUUUGACAAUGCCCGGUAUUAUAAGGCAAUUUUUGCAUCCAACUUGACCCAGGACAUCAACAUGAUGUCAGGAGGUGAUCAGGCAGAAAUUGGAGAAAACGGAGUCAAUCUAUCGGGUGGCCAAAAGCAAAGAGUCGCACUGGCUAGAGCGCUAUAUGCGAAUCGAGAUAUUUACUUUUUGGAUGAUCCAUUGAGUGCUGUUGACGCACGAGUUGGAUCUUUCAUUUUUGAUAACUAUAUACUGGGAGCCCUCCGUGGAAAAACUGUACUCUUUGUAACUCAUCAAAUUCACUACUUGAAUCGUUGUGACGACAUUUACAUGAUGGGUGAAGGUAGAAUCAUCGAACAUGGUACUCAUAACGAGUUGAUGAAACUGGGAAACGAAUACGCGUUAAUGGUUGCAGCUAUUUCAGCCGAAAGUAAGACCGAAGAACCGGAUCUUGCAGAUGAGAAAAUUGAAGUACUUCCGCAAUCGGUGAAUAAAACCUCAUCCCACGAGGACAAUAUAAAUCGUAUUGCAAAGGACAGCUCCCACGUUAGUGCUGAUAAUAUCGACAAUAUUGGAGCUCCUGAUACAGGAUUAACUGUGGCCGAAGAUCUUCAACAAGGAACUAUAAAAGCACAUACGUAUCAUUCAUACAUCGUAGCAGCAGGUGGCUACUUCUUUUCCUUUAUUGUAAUUCUAACGUUUUUUGUGAGCGUCGGAAGCAAUGCGUUCAGUUCUUGGUGGCUCGCAACGUGGUUAAGAGCUGGUUCAGGUAACACAUCCAUCGCGUUAAACAAUCGAACGAUUAUUUCUCCAAGCAUACAUGAUAAUCCUAAUUUUGAGUAUUAUCGAAUCGUCUAUGCUGGUACGGUUGGAGUGAUAGUGUUGUCCAGUUUGCUGCGAAGUUUAGCAUUCACAAAAGCAACGAUAACAGCUUCCACCAACUUGCACAACAAUUUGUUUAAAAAAAUAAUCAGAUGUCCGAUGAGAUUUUUCGACACUACUCCCAGCGGAAGGAUACAACACUUGUUCAGCAGAGACAUGGACGAAGUGGACAGCAAACUGCCAUUGAGCGUUACGAGCAUCUUGCAAUACACCUUCAUACUGUUCUUUGCCAUGGUGGUCAUCUGCAUAGUAUUUCCAUGGUUUAUAGUGCCUUUGAUUAUACUUAGCACCGUCUACUAUUUCCUCAGUAAAAUAUUCAGAGUUGCUGGUCGAGACCUGAGGCGCAUGGAAAAUAAAUCUCGUGCUCCAGUUUUCAGCUACGUUACUGCCACGGUCCAAGGACUCAGUACAAUACACGCCUUUGGAAAAGAGCGUGAUUUUAGAGCAAAAUUUUCCGAAAUAUUUGAUGAAAACAGCAAGUGCCUCUUCAUGUGCUGCGUAGCCAUGAGAUGGUUGGCAGUGCGAAUGGACUCAUUAUCAGUUUUGAUAACUGGUAUAACUGCCUGUUUCGUAAUCGCAUUAAAAAACACAGUUCCAGCGCCUCUAGCUGGGCUGGCUCUUUCGUAUUCAGCGCACAUUGCAGGUGUCUUCCAAUAUACUAUAAGAUUAGUAUCAGAAACGGAAGUUAGAUUUAUUAGCGUGGAGAGAAUAAAUCAUUAUGUCAGGACACUCGUGACCGAAGGCAGUGCCAAUCAACCAAGUGUAGAACCACCCGCCACUUGGCCAUCAGCAGCAGUCAUAAAGUUCCAAAAUAUCAGCAUGGCUUAUGGAGAAGGUGCUCCACUUAUUUUGAAGAAUGUCUCAUUCACUGUUAACUCAGGAGAAAAGAUCGGUAUUGUAGGCAGAACAGGAUCGGGAAAAAGUUCCCUUACCGUUGCUCUAUUCAGGCUGGUUGAACUGGCAAAAGGAAAGAUAGAAAUAGAUGACGUAGAUAUAUCCAAAAUAAGUCUUGAACAUUUGAGAACGAAGCUGUCGAUUAUUCCUCAAGAUCCGACAUUGUUCAGUGGCACCAUACGGUCGAAUUUAGAUCCAUUUAAAGUGCACACAGAUGAAGAAAUUUGGUCAGCGUUAGAAAAAACCAAACUAAAGAACAGAGUUCAAUCCAUAAAUGGUCACCUUGAUGCAUCUGUUGGAUUCGGAGGGGAUAACUUGAGCGUUGGUGAAAGGCAAUUGCUUUGCUUGACAAGAGCAUUGCUUAGGGAUACGAAGAUACUAGUUCUGGACGAAGCGACUGCGGCUGUGGAUCCGGAAACUGAGUUAGCUGUACAGACUACAAUUCAGCAGGAAUUUUCUGAAUGUACGAUACUAACGAUAGCGCAUCGACUACAAACUGUUCUUUCACUUAACAGGGUGCUAAUUAUGAACGACGGGAAAGUACUUGAAUUUGACACACCUUCAAAUUUACUUAGCGAUGAGAGCUCUGAGUUUUCGAAGAUGAUAGCAGCUGCUGAGCGAGCUGUAAAUCGUUCAGAAUAAUCAUUUUGCAAAACAAUCAGUAGUUUACGCACUAUCAAAUUUAUAAGCUUUAGUAUUUAUUUUUAUAAUGAAUCCUCCGUGCAAUUUGUAACUAUAUAUUUAACUUAGAGAGUACUGCAUCAUACUGAUAGAUGCAAAACCAAUUAAUUCUAGCGAUCACAAGAGUAUCGCAAAUUUAACCGUCAAUAAUUAGUUUAAUUUCAAUAUUUCAUUGGCCAGAAGUUUCAGUUACAUUAAUUUAUAGAGAUAAACUGCGAUGGCAAAAAGACGUUAGAUAAUGUUAUAUAUGGGUACUUCUGUUUUGUUUUGUUUACUUUGUAGAGUAAUUUUAUGUAUGCAUACUUUCUACCUGGCAUUUUGCGAACUGAAUAGCAACUAUGUACUUAUUUGGAAAUUAUUUGUACGUAUUACAAUGAAAUAGGAGGGACGCAAAUGUCUCUGUAAGAAAAACUAACAGUGUGGUAUACCUACCAUCUAACUAAUUUGUAUACAAAUCUAGCAGAUGUGAUAAUUGCAACUAGAGUUGAAUUAUGCGAAAAUCCCAUCCAUCUUGACUGCAGCUAUUUAUAUUAAGUAAAGAAUGGCUUCUCUGAACUUGAGUUGGGAUCAUUUGAAAAGUCAAGGUACAUCUUUACCAUUCACACGUUGCAAA